AAACAUCUGCAGCAAAUGAAGGGAUAAUAAAGAGCUACAUUUGCUUCCAUUUGGACCAAACAGAGAUGGAGGCCAUUUUCGAGGAGGCUUUGUUGUGAGGAACGGGGCGGGCCUGAGGCAGCAGGCGAGGGAGGGAAGAAGGAAAGAAGGCGGUGUGUGCCAGAGAGGGAGCCCUGGAGAGGAUGCAGCUGGAGGUGUCGGUGCCCUCGGCGGGGCUGCUGCUGCUGCGGAGGGCGAAGAAGGCUCGGGCGAUAUUUAAGGUGGAGAUCCUGUGCAACGGAAGGAGGCAUUCCAUUGAGAAACGCUACAGUGAGUUCUACGCUCUUCAUAAAAGGAUCAAGAAGAGAUGCCAGGUUCCUGACUUUCCACCUAAGCAUGUGCCCAACUGGAUGACCAAGGUAUUGGAGCAGCGGCGGCAAGGCCUAGAAGCUUAUCUUCAGGGGAUCCUCUUGUAUAACAGAAAGCUUCCCAAGGAAUUUCUGGACUUCCUGAAGCUCUGGCACUUCCACCAGGACCCCAGAGGCAACCAUUUGGACCCCAGUUCUGUACUUUCCCAUCGGCCUGUUAUAAGUUUCCAUAAUGACCCAUAUGUACUCCCUUCAUCCUCCUCCACAGACUUGCUGCCCAACACCAUCCUGGCUGGUGUGCUCCAGGGCCUCUAUGCACCUGAGACACUCUUCUGCCUAGAAUCCAAGCUCUUGAUGGGACCCUGCUUGAGGCUGCAGUGAGUUCUGCCAUCCUCUUCCAUGACUUCUGAUCCUCUGUUCCUUAUUCAAGCAACUAAACAGCUGUCUUGUAAGACAUCCCUGAGCCUUGAAAUAAAAAUGAGAGCAUGGGAGGGGAUGAUGCAGCUCACUUGGUGAUGGAAACUUUCUCAUGCAGUGCACAGGAAAAAGAAAGCCCAAAGAAUAGAAAAUGCACUUGACCAAUUAUCCUGAAGGUUACUUAAUAAGCACACUGUCCUUCUAUCCAUAGGUGCCCACUUCCUAAAGCAGCACAGAAGGGCUGGGGGAGGGCUUUAGUGAAUUGGGGGAGACUAGGUGCUGCACAAGGAAAGAGAAUAUUAACCCUCUGAGCACCCCAAAAAAGACAUGCAUAUGUACGUGAAACAUACCUGUGUGUGUGUGUGUGUCUUAACAGGAUGCAAGCCUGUGUAUGUGAUUGGUGUCACUAGAGGUUUUCGAACUUGGCUGUGCUUCACAGCUGAUACUGAAAGUAGGAGUUGCAGAGCUGGAAAAACUGCAUUAACACAUGUGUUUCUGUGGAUAGGAAGCUUAACAAAGAGAUCCUGAAUGUGGGACUCUGGCAAUGUGUUGUAGUCCAGCAAAAUUUAGGACCACCAGGUGCCCACUCUUUGACUUCAUGAGAGGCUGCAUGAACCUUCUGUAGUGUAAGUUUUACAUGGAGUAUGUAUUUGGGGGGAAGGAGGAGCAUAAGGCCAGUACUCUCAGUUUGCUCUCCCUAACCCAGUACUUGCACAAUAUAUUUCCCAUCAUGAGGAAGCCUGCUCUCAUCCCCUUUUCUGAAGCUCUCCAACUUAUGAUUGUGCAUUGAGGCAUUUGUGCUGCUUUCUCAGUGUAGACAUAUUGGAAUCAGAAUAUGGUAAAUCAAACAGUUGUAUUGGUGGGUGGUAUUCAGACAAUAAAGAAGAGCCUACAUAAAUCUCCAUGCAGUUACUGUACAAGAUUGGGCUGCCAACCUCUUCUGUUAAAUGGCAACAGUACACAAAUAAAUGCACAACAAAGAGGUAUGACUGCCUGUUUCAGUAGGAGCAAAUGGCUAUGCAUUGGCCAAAAAUGCACAAUGGGCACAAACCUGCUUCCACAACCUUGAAUUGAAUGGGGCUGUGCAUUAGACAAAAAUGUCUCCACUGCUUCUUACGUGUAAAACGGCAACAAAAUUCUGGAUGUCUGUUUUGUUGUUGUGUACCUUCAAGUACUUUCUGCUAUGGAGACCCUAAGGUAAGCCUAUCAUGGGAUUUUCUUGGCAAAUUUCAUCAGAAGGGGGGGGGGUGCUGUCCUCUGAGACUGAAAGAGUAGGACUUGCUGGGAGGCAGCUAUGACCAUGAUGGUAACUUAAAACAAAAACAAAAAAACACAGGGAAAGUGGAAGAAAAUUAGAAUACAUGCAUACCUCAAUUAGCAAAGCCUCUUGUCAGCGUACUUUUUACAAAGGCUUUUCAUGCAUGCCCACCCCUCCCUUGUUCCAUCUCUUCCUGUCUAGUUGGAUUAUUUUAACAGCAUCAGUGUUGAAAAAUUAUUUUUUUUUAAUAAUCUUUAUUGAAUUUUAAUAUAUAAAAAGGAGAAAGUCAAACACAUUUCUAAUCAAUAUGAUCGUACAUUGUUCCUUUACUCUUCUCCCUCCUCCCCCCUCCCCCCUUUAUUAUUCUUUGUGUUGCUGAACUCUUAGCUACAAUUUUUAAUUCCUCAUAAACUCAAUCAAAUAUUAUCUCUUUAUCUCUUAUUUACCCUAACUCUUAUGCUUAAUUACUAAGACUAUGUUUUUCAUACAUCCUCUUCUUUCUUAUUUUAACAAACCAAGUAUUGUCCCUUCACCUUUAUUUAAUACAUGUUCUACAUAUUCCUAUAUACUUAUCUAUUUUUGCUUAGUUAUUUUUCUAUCUCUUGUCAGAUUGGUAUAUUUGCAGCAGUCUUAUCCACGCAUCGUUCCCUUCUUCUUCCUCUUUCUCAUUUAGUGCCAUUGUUAAUUUAUCCAUUUCCCAUAUAUCUAAGCUUUUUUCUAGCCAGAUCUCUAUAUCCGGUACCUCUUUACUUUUCCAUUGCUUUGCUAAUACUAUCCUUGCUACCGUAAUCAAAUAUAAUAUAGUCUUCUUUUCUUUCCUUAAUUCCCCUAAGAAGCCUACCCUAUGUCUUACAAGUUGGUGGUGUUUGGGAAUAUAUUCUUAUUCUUUAAUUUCAUUCCAUUUUUAUUUCUUUCAUUUUCCUGGAGUGGCCAUGGAGCAUCUGGAAAGUGCACACAGAGGCCUAAGGGCUCCUUGGAGCAUAGGUUGGGAACCCCUCUUGUAACUAAUCCUACUGUAGCGAUAUGUCUGCAUCUAACAAGCAAAGUGAACAGCAACUGCCUCCAGCUUCCCUUACUGAACAUGUGUAAACAAAAGCAGAGGGAAAAGGGAGAGCAGAUCAGGCUGCCUCACUACUACCCCCAACUUUAAAAACCAGAGAUCAAUAUAUUUGGCCACCAAAAUGGAAAUUAAAAAAAAGUGGAGGCUGGUGAAAGAAGGCAUUUUGGAAGAAAUCUUCAAGUAGGUUCUAGAAGGCUUAUAAUGUUUUUCUCAACUUACGUAAGGCUUGCCUGAGCUGUUUCAUUAUACGUGUGCAUAUUGUUAGUUAUGAAUAAAAAGCUUGCUGAAAUGUU